GUGUUCCAGCUGCGCAUGUGAACGAGGAGCCACAGAGCGCGGGCGUCUCGGCUCGACCUCUGUCGCCUUUUUUUUCCCCGGUGACAGCCGUCGAUCCGGACGGUAAUUUCGGAAUCCGGCCGAUCCCGGCAACGUCUGCCGCCGUCGACUCCGCUGAAUCUCACUACCGGGAGUUAACGCGAACGAGCUCUAGCCGGCGGUCGUUCGUUUCGUCGUGCGCUCCGCGGUGACCCGGUCACCCCCGGCGACAUCGUCUGCUUCGCAGCAGACGGCCCGACUUCCGUGAGCACCACGGUACGACCAUGCACCCGAGCGUAAUGCUAUUGUCGGCAUCGGUGGCCUUCGCCGCUGCCGAGAACAUCCUAAUGACGGAGGUCUUCGUCAUUCCCGUCAGACCGGAGACUUUCAAGUGGAGUGCAGAUGGACGCACCGAUCAAUUUUCAUAUCAGCCAUCCUUGUUGAACGCCCCCGAUCUACCGUCAUGGAUACACUACACGUACAGCAAGAAGGAUCAUCAUGGUUUCUUAUAUGGCGUCGCGCCCAAAGAUCAAAAGUACUUUCAGCUGGAGAUCGUGGGCCUGAACAAACACACCUACGAGACCCGUUACAAGGUGCUUGACAUGAACGUACUCGAGAGGGAGAACCUGACUAAGUACGAGGUACGCUUGAAGAUCGACAACCUCAACGUGGAGGACAUGUUCGAUCACAACCGCACCGAGAAGCUCCUCGACAUAUUCAGGAAAAAGUUGUGGAAAGGCGCCGCGGAUCUGUACGUGACCUUCUUGGCGUCCGCAAUCGAGCUCGGCGCCCGGCUACCCCUGAAGCCCAGCGAAGGCGAAGGAGUGGUCGUGCGAUUAGGCAGCACGGUGCCGUUUUCGCAAGAACUGAACGAACUGCAGGAGGAAGUGAAGCCGCUAUGGAAAAUGCCAUCGUGUCCCCGAGACUUCAAGCGAACCAGCGUGGAAAUACUUUUCCGAGAAGCCGAGUUCAGAUUGGACUGGUGUUCCUUCAGAUUACUAGAGGAAGACCAGCAAAGCUUGCAACACGAAAGCGCCCGGCGAGGCCCCAGCGUGAACGUCGUUGGCCUGCCCUCGUCGGGCAUUUCCGAGCACACGGAGUGGCGCUGGGCCCGAUCGACGAAAGCCAGCAUACCCACGAGAAGCUACUUCAAGGAGAUCGCCACCACGAUUUUCGUGCCGGUGAUUCUGCUGCUGGCGCUGGGCGCUUUACUCAGCACCGCUCUCUGCCUACAUCACGAGAAAAUGGUGGAUCCGGAGUCAGAUGAAUAUUUUGAUGAACUCUUUAAUAUUUUCCUUAUGAGAGAACAACCUGUCAGUGAAAAGCGGGAACUCACGCCAGUCGAGGGAGUCGGAAACAACGGCAUACAGAUGGUGCAAUACGCCAUGUCGGAGAGAGGCACUCUGAAAUCCUUGUCGGCUCAGCCACCGAGCCCGAACGACUCCUUGUCCCGAAGCCCAAGAAUCUCCAGCGAACGUUGCAACCCAUACAUUCGCCCGAACCCACCGCCUUACACUGGGCCGAGUAACUUUGCCGGUCUACGAGCCGAUUUCUGACUACACGAGGAGCCCGCGAAGACGUGGUUUUGCUAACUGAAUGUAGUUCGCGGGUGGCUUCGCCGAUGCUACGAGAUAUGCCGUGAGAGUUGCAAAUUCACUGAAACGGCUCUAAAUUUGCAAGUUAACACAGAUAUUUUACAGGUUAUUGCAGAAAUAGAUGGCCAAAUUUUAGAAACAUACCCUAUUUAUCCUGAGGAUGAGAGAAAAAAAUGAAAACACAGCUUCGAAAGCUCUUCCUCUUUCCAAGAUAUGAAUAUUUCUUUAUGCGAUAGAAUUUUCUAAGAAUUUCUCAAUAAUAAUAAUAAUUACAUCGUUAGUCGGUAAAUCGACAAAGGAGGACUAAUUGCUGCGGUUUCUGUGCACGUUUUUUGAUUUAGAUCCUUUGGAUCUUUAAUGGCGAAGACAUUUCGAGACUUUCAUAAAUACUAUUUACAAUAGGUUUUGUAAUAUAACUCAGAAAGUAUUUCUAACUUGGAAAGGAAGCGUUUCUGCCACUAAUUUCUGAAACACCCCGUAUAUGCGGUAUUUGUUAUUGGUAAUCGUAAAUAUACAAGUUGUUCCUUAAGUUACCAAGCUAUACUCAAGGGGGCUAUACUCAGUGAGCUUGACAACAUAUGUCAAGGUUAAGGUCAUCGGGGCUGGACCCGUUAUUGUCAACAUUUAUCUUUUUUUCUUUUGGUUGUUUUGCAACUAAAAUAUCAAUUGAAAUACGUUUACGUGGACAAGUUGCAGAUAUAAAGAAGAACGCGAACAUCGUGUUACGUAGAAUCAUUUAUAUUAUAAUAAUUAAAUAACACUCGUGUAACUUUUGAUGUGAUUGUAUGUUGUGAUAGUCAUAGUGCGAUACUCAGACAGCUAAUGUCUAAAAUCGGGGCGUAAAACAUCUUUAAGAUAUCUCUAAGAUAUCUUAAAAAUGUUUUAAAGACGUCUUAUGUCCCGAUUUUGGAUAUUGCGCUUUCUGAAUAAGUACGCAAAUUUAUAUUAAAAUAAAGAA